UAUAACUACAAUUUACACUAUCAUAUAUAAAAAAAAUUAAAUUAAAACUAUUUGAAAAUUGAAAACCAGAAAAUGUACAUCCAUACACAUAAUUUUUUUAAGGUGUUUGCACUGUAAGAUUUCUCAAUUUCCAAAAUAAAAAUAAGUUUAGAAUCGAAAACAUGGAGCAAGCCAGCUCUGCAGUAGAGGUUAGGUCGGUAUGGUGGCCCAUUCCUAUCCGUUGGAUUGCUGUGACUCUGUCUGAUCAGACGGUAGGAACAUCAUAAGUCUGUGAUCAAAAAGUUGGAGUUCGGAGCUGGAGCUGGAAAUUGUGGUGAGUGUUAGAUUUAGAAAGAAGAAAGAUGCACCUAAGCCAGAACGAAGGGAUUGAGGGGAAAACAUUUGUUGUGACUGGGGGUUUGGGCUUUGUGGGUUCAGCUCUCUGCUUAGAUCUCCUUCGCCGAGGUGCUCGCCAGGUCCGAGCUUUCGAUUUUCGAUCCCAAUCUCAAUUCUCUGAACAUCUUCACCAACAUGGAGCACAAUGCAUCCAAGGAGAUGUCACCCAAAAAAAUGAUGUGGAGAAGGUUCUACGCGGUGCCGAUUGUGUGUUCCACCUUGCUUCAUUUGGUAUGUCUGGGAAGGAAAUGCUGCAAUUUGGUCGUGUGGAUGAUGUUAACAUUAAUGGAACAUGCCACAUUUUAGACGCAUGCCUUAACCUGGGAAUUCAAAGGCUUAUCUAUGUUAGCACUUAUAACGUUGUAUUUGGUGGAAAGGAAAUUGUCAAUGGCAAUGAGGUCUUACCCUAUUUUCCUAUUGAUGACCAUGUCGAUCCGUAUGGUCGUAGCAAAUCGCUCGCCGAGCAGUUGGUUCUCAAGAACAAUGGUCGCCCUUUAAAAAAAAAGACUGGAAAAUGUCUUCACACCUGUGCCAUUCGUCCAGCUGCAAUUUAUGGACCUGGUGAGGAAAGGCACUUCCCAAGGAUAGUGUCCCUUGCAAAGCUAGGCCUGCUGCCAUUUAAAAUUGGGGAUCCAAGCGUGAAGACAGACUGGAUUUAUAUUGAUAAUCUAGUACUCGCUCUAAUAUUGGCAAGCAUGGGGCUUCUGGAUGACAUUCCUGAGAAGGAGAGACGUCUAGUAGCUGCUGGGCAGCCAUAUUUUGUAUCUGACGGGUCUCCUGUCAACACUUUUGAGUUCAUUCGACCUCUUCUUCUAGGCCUGGAUUAUGACCUACCAACUUCUUCUUUAGCUGUUCCGCAAGCUCUUCGCUUGGGAAAGAUUUUCUGGGGUUUCUAUACAUUGUUAUAUCCAUGGUUGGAUCGAUGGUGGCUUCCUCAACCACUGAUCCUUCCUGCUGAAGUGUACAAGGUUGGUGUCACGCACAACUUCUCCUUUCUUAAAGCCAAGGAGGAACUUGGUUAUGUUCCAAUGGUAACACCUCGUGAAGGCAUGGCUGCAACGAUUUCAUAUUGGCGAGAAAGGAAAAGGAAAGCGCUUGAUGGACCUACUAUUUAUGCUUGGAUAUUCGUUGUGAUUGGAAUGUGCACACUAUUUUGUGCUGCCUAUUUACCAGACAUAGGACCUGUCCCAUUUUUCAGAGCAAUUAGCCUCUUCUUUUUCAGGUCAGUGUGGAUGCUAAGAACGGUGUUCCUUACAGCUACAAUACUACACCUUGGAGAAGCUGUAUAUGCAUGGAAUCUGGCCAAUAGAGUUGACCCUCAUAAUGCAAGAGGAUGGUUUUGGCAGACAUUUGCUCUUGGGAUCUUUUCAUUGCGUUUACUCCUUAAAAGAGUGAAGAAGCAAUCAUAAAGUUAGUAUCCUUACACUAAUCUAUUUCUAUUACGUUACAUAAAGAGUGGGUUUAGCCUUAGGGUCUGAUUUUCAUCAAGUUAUUUUAUUCUUUGUGACUCCAUAUUGUGAUUGGGAAAAGACAGAGAGAACUUAUAACAUAUAAUAUUUUUUUUUAUAUAUAUAUAAAUAUCCUUUCAUAAUAAAAGAUAUUAUACAGAUUCUUCUCUCUCACACAUUUCACCUUCCUUUUCCAUCCAUUUCGAGAUUUUGUAAUGGUCUUUUCUCCUCUGGAUUGAGCAUUUUUCAAGCUAAAAGAUAUCCACCUCAAUCUUCUUUCUUUCUACUCUUUUGGGUCGAUAUUUUUUUUUGCUUUGUUUAGUAAACUCUUUCUCUUAUUAGAGUUUUGAUAGAAGAGCUCAAGAUGAUAACUAUACUUGCUCUUUUAAGUUUUUUCUUCACCACUUUCCCCGUAUAUUUUCUUUUCUAUUCUCCAAUUCAUUCUACAGUAGUUCAGUUGUAAUUUAUUCUCUUCACUUGUAGUAGUUGAAAGCAAAGGACCUCACCAUGAUUAUAGGUUGGUAACAGCAAGAAAAGAACUAAGAAGUGUUUCGGUUUGUACAACCUCAGACUGCAACUCACAGAACAAUCCUCCUUUCGAGGGAAUGCAUUGUCGAUUUAGCUACUUCACUGCAAUGCAAUGGCGAAGAUAAUUACUAUGUACAGAAAAAGAAUAAAUUAAGCAUGUAGGCGAACAAGAAAAAGUUAUGCUGUUGUUUUGUUAUGUUUUGUUGGGAUAUAAAUUUUGAAAUUGCAUUAGGUCAUAGUUUCUUUCAAUGUUUUCAGUCUUUUGUGUUCGAAUAUGUCUAAAAUUAAUUUUCAUUGUUCUCGCUUAAUUUCCAAACUUUUUAGUUAGUGAUUGGUGAUUUGCUCACUCUCAUUCAUAUGUAAAAUGUAUAUGGAGGUUUUGUUUUCCCCUCUAAAUCAUAUGUAAAAUGACUAGGUGUAUUAAUUCU